UCCGGUAACAAACGGAAGUGAUAACAGGAGGCUUGUGGAGGUGACCGAAUGGCAGAAGGCAGAAACAUUUUGGAAAUAUUAGCCUAACGCGAAACAUAAACAGACAGAUUAUUAUAUUUUUAGCGCACAGUGUGUAAAACAUCGUCGGUGCCAUGGGAGCUCACCUGGCUAGACGGUAUGUCACCGAGAGGGACACCGAGCCGGACCCCGCGAAGAAAUUUGAGUUCGACCCCGAGUUCGGCUUCGCGGAGAGAACCGAGAGAGAGAUGGUAGCGACUCAGGAGCAGAUGAACUUGGCCCAGCUGCCUUUGGAGCAGAGGGACUACUGUGCGCAGUAUCUCCUGAAACUCAUGAAGUGCAAGAGGGACAACUGGCCCAACUUCCUGGCCUGCAAGCAUGAGAGACACGACUGGGACUACUGCGAACACCAGGACUAUGUGAUGCGUAUGAAGGAGUACGAGAGAGAGAGGAGGCUCCAGCUGAGGAAGAAGAGAAUCGAGGCCCAGGCGGAAGCUGCAUGAUCAGUGCAUGCUCUCAUGCUUGUUCUUCUCUGUAUAUAUGUGCUGCUGUUCACAAUAAACAAUAUUGUUUGAGCUCUACAA